AUGGCGUCGUCUCGAAUUGUGGGUCCUCACACAAUUUUCGUGUCCAAAGUGCCAUGGACGGUUUGUCGAGGUUAGUAAUGAUCACUUGUUGUUAAGGAAACUCUUACAAAAUAGCAUAUCAUUGGCAUCAGACAGAUAUGGCACCUUGUAGAUAUUACAUUCGGAACCCUAACCACGUGCAGCUAUAGUUUCAAUUUGUUAUUCCUAGGAUGUUAAUCGAAUCUUCAAAAUAAUUUCUAUUAACGCCAGAUUAUUUACAGCUUCUCACGAAACGAGAGGGAAACCCAAUCUGGCUUCUUUUAAUUUGAGUAUGAGCCAUGAUGGUUUCAGAAUUAGUUACAUAACGGAGGCAGAAUUAACGACAGUUAGUGUGGGUUGAAAACCGGCUUACACCGAGAAUUGACAAUCAGAUUUUGGGAGUAAAAUGCUUACUUUGUAUUAAUGAAUUUUUAAACAGAUACCCUGAGCGCGUACUUUCAGCAGUUUGGAAAAGUCAAAAGUUCGAAAAUUUCAUUUGUAAGUACUUAUUAAUUUUUGUGACCACAAGUUUCCCUAGCUCACUUCUCCAGAGAAGGGAAAGAUUAUUCAUGGAAAUGUAUGUCGUUAUUCAUGGAAGCGUCAUGCAUUGUGUUACGCGGUGUUAGGUUACAUGAGGAACUGGUGAUAAUAUGAACCAUUAUAAGGAAAUGAAACAAAAUGCUGACGAUGUACAACACUAACUAUUGGGAGAUAACUAUAUACAUAAUUAUAAUUCAUAUUAUGAACAUUUUACAGGUGAGAUUAAUAACAGUUACUCAUUCUAUGUGUGUUCAUUGUGGUUUCUGGUGAUCUCUGCUGUUUUGUGAGCAGCCUUGGACUCCAUUUUAUGACAGGAAUAACAUUGAUGGCAAAGUAAGCUCAAAUUGACAGAGAUCACCAGAAACCACAAGCAACACACAAGCAAUGAGCAAGUUUGAUCAAUUUAACGCGUAAAGUGUUCAUAUUUCAGAAUACGUAGUGUUGUAAAUUGACCAUAUUUUGUUCCCCAUAAUAAUCCUUAUAAGGGGUUCAAAUUCUCAAUGGUUUCUCACAUUACCUAACACUGUGUAACAUGUUGGGUGACGUUUUCAGAAAUAAAAACAAACAAGUCCAAGAAUUAAUCUUUCCCUUUUCUUGAGAUGUGAGCUUGGGAUGCCUGUGUUUUAACUCAUUCUUGUGUUCACUUUUGUUUAUACUUGCCAAUGCCAGUAUAGUUUACCUAUCUCCUUGAAUGAAGCAACAGGAGACACUAAAUAAUUAAAAAAAUUUUUGGUUUUCAAGAAAAUCUGUAAGUCCAUGCAGUGCAUUAAUUUGCAAUUUAAAAGGAUCUAGUAACCCUUUCAUUUCUAGGGGUGACCAGAGGGAAUUUCUCUUUACAAUAUCAAUACGAUAUCAAGCAGACAAGUGGAAAGAAUAAUGAAAAAAAUAAACUAGGUGAUCAUUUCUUUAUCAAACACCAAAUUCUUAGAACUAACAUUGUAAGAAAUGCAUGGCAGAUAGUAAAGAGAAUCAGUUUUAAGAUAUUAGGAGUGAAGAUGGUAAUAAAGUUGUGAUGGUGUAAGGUCAGUGGUCUUGAAUUUGUUAAAUCCAAUUUAAAUUCUGCUAAUGAUAUAAGAGAAGAAAAACUAUUUUACACUGUCUUAGAAUCUUCAAUUUCUUUUCUUGGAAAAUGUUACCAAGGCAAUUAUGAAAUGCUGCAUGUGACCCCUAAAUUUUUAUUCUGAAUUGCUUUGCCUUCUUAUUAAUCUGCUCAUGUAUUUUCAUUUGUAACAGCUAUUUUUCGGGGAGUUUCUCACCAUAAAGAUUUUAACAUGUGACAUUUCUUUCUUCAUCAGCUAUUGUAUGUUCAUUUAGUUGUCCACCUUUUUUCAUCCCACAACACUGACCAAGGGCUAGAAUUUCUGUUGGCAAAAUUUAAGUUACUAAUAGGUCACUUACCAUUUUGAACAGGACAAAUACACAGGCAGACAUAGAGGGUUUGGUUUUGUUGAAUUUGGAUCAUCUGAAGGGUUUAAGAAAGCACUUGCCACAGAAAAUCAUGUGAUUGAGGGAUCAAAG